AUGGUGUCCAAAAAACUCACCUGGCUCAUCACCGGCUGCUCCUCUGGUUUUGGUCUCUCUCUCACACGCGCCGCCCAGGCCGGCGGCCACAAGGUCAUUGCUACCUCCCGCAACCCUUCCCGCACCCCGGAGCUGGUCGCUGAGAUUGAAAGCAAAGGAGGCAAAUGGGUCCAGCUGGAUGUCGACAGCGCCCAGAGCGGCGAGGUGAUCACGGAGCUCGAAAAGGGUGGCGAGCAGAUCGAUGUUCUGGUCAACAACGCCGGCUACUCCAUCUACGCGCCCAUUGAGAUCAUGGCCGAGGAGGAGAUACGCUCGCAGAUGGAGACGAUGUACUUUGGCCCACUGCGUCUGAUCCGCGCGGUUCUGCCUCAUAUGCGCCAGCGCCGGUCCGGCGUGAUUGUCAACAUGAGCAGCGGGGCCUCGCUCGAUGGGAUUCCCACGAUGGGCGUCUACGCGGGUGCUAAGGCUGGCUUGGAUGCUCUCACCAAAAUCCUCGCCAAAGAAGUUGGCCCAUUUAACAUCCGCACCCUGACUGUCGUUCUAGGGACGUUCAACACCAACAUGCCUAACUCAGUCGUCUUGGGCAAGACUCCUCUACCUGAAGGCUACAAGGGCACCUUCACCGAGCAGGUGCAGGGCCUUCUUGUGAGCGGGAAGAUCAAGCCCAACGGUGACAAGGACAAGGCCAUGCAGGCCCUUUACCAAGUGGUUGUUGGCGAGGGUGUGGGAGAGGGCCACGAGACAGAGAAAUUACUGCCUUUGGGAAGCGACAUGACUCCUCGUCUUAAGGGAGUGCAGGACUAUCUCGGCCACGCCUUGGAGGUGUUUGGUUCCGUGACCAACAGCGUUGAUGUAGAUAAAUGA